AUGCAGGCCACACGGCGCGUCGUGUGCGCCCUGUCGGGCGGCGUGGACAGCGCCGUGGCCGCGCUGCUGCUGAAGCGCAGGGGCUACCAGGUGACGGGCGCCUUCAUGAAGAACUGGGACGCGCUGGACGAGCACGGGGCCUGCGCCGCCGACCGCGACUGCGAGGACGCCUACCGCGUGUGCCGCGUCCUCGACCUGCCCUUCCACCAGGUCUCCUACGUCAAGGAGUACUGGCACGACGUCUUCAGUGAUUUCCUGAACGAGUACGAGAAGGGAAGAACCCCAAACCCCGACAUCAUCUGCAACAAGCUCAUCAAGUUCAGCUGCUUCUUCCACUAUGCGCUGGACAACCUUGGCGCGGACGCAGUGGCCACCGGUCACUACGCAAGGACGUCCCUGGAGGAUGCCGAGGUCUUCGAGCAGAAGCCCCUGCCCAGGCCUGCUGGGCUCUUCCGGAACCGGUUCGAAGUGAGAAACACGGUCAAGCUCCUGCAGGCGGCCGACAGCUUUAAAGACCAGACCUUCUUUCUCAGCCAGGUGCCCCAGGAUGCCCUGCGACGGACCCUCUUCCCCCUGGGGGGCCUGACCAAAGACUUUGUCAGGAAGAUCGCAGCUGAGAAUGGGCUGCAGCACGUACUGCGAAAGAAGGAGAGCAUGGGCAUCUGCUUCGUGGGCAAAAGGAACUUCGAGAACUUCAUCCUCCAGGUACGCACAUGGAUGGGCGAGGAGGCCAGGCUGCACUGGUCCUGCCCUGUCCCGUCAGCAUGCAGCGCUGACGCCACGGUCCCCAUGUCUCCCCAGUACCUACAACCCCGGCCGGGAAGGUUCGUCUCCAUCGAGGACGGCACGGUCAUGGGCACGCACAAAGGAUGGUUCCUGUACACGCUGGGCCAGAGGGCCAAGCUUGCAGGGCUGCGGGAGCCCUGGUACGUGGUGGACAAGGAUAGUGCCACAGGCGACGUGCUGGUGGCUCCGCACGUGGACCACCCGGCCCUGUACCGGGACCUGCUGCGGACCAGCCGUGUGCACUGGAUCGCGGAAGAGCCCCCAGCGGUGCUGGUCCGGGACAAGAUGAUGGAAUGUCGCUUCCGCUUCCGCCACCAGAUGGCACUAGUGCCCUGUGUGCUCACCCUCAACCAGGACGGCACUGUGUGGGUGACGGCGGUGAAGGCCGUGCGGGCCCUGGCCCUGGGGCAGUUCGCCGUCUUCUACCAGGGUGACGAGUGUCUAGGCAGCGGGAAGAUUGUGCGUCUGGGCCCAUCGGCCUACACGCUGCAGCGGGGCCAGCGCCAGGCCAGGACGGCCCCCGACAGCCCCCACGAGAACCCCCCCGAUGGUCCGAGGCCCCCACCCGCCUGAGUGCAGACCCCGUGACGGUGGGAAAUAAAGUCAGGACGUGCACU